CGCGCUUUAAAUUACUCCUCUUGUCCUCGAGGCUGAGGGCCGACGCAGACCAUUUACGCUGCAACCUGCAAACCGGCCGAGGGAGGGGGCGAUGGGUUCCGACGCGGCGGCGGUGAGCACCGUGCGGGAGGCUGCGCGCAUGACGUGGGAGGAGUCCAAGCGCGUCUGGGGCAUCGGCAUGCCCAUCGCCAUCGCCGGGCUCAGCAUUUACGCCGUCGGCUCCGUCACCACGAUCUUCGUCGGCCACCUCGGCAACCUGCCCCUCGCCGCCGCCUCCAUCGGCCUCUCCGUCUUCGCCACCUUCUCCCUCGGAUUCUUUCUCGGCAUGGGGAGCGCUCUGGAGACGCUGUGCGGGCAGGCGUUCGGCGCCGGCCAGGUGUCCAUGCUCGGCGUCUACCUGCAGCGCUCCUGGAUCAUCCUCGCCGUCGCCGCGCUCCUCAUGGUGCCCUUCUACGUCUUCGCCGAGCCGCUCCUCCUCGCCAUCGGCCAGGACCCCGCCGUCGCGCGCGAGGCCGCCCGCUUCGCGCUCUACAUCCUCCCCGGCGCGCUCUCCUUCGCCGUCAACUUCCCCACCGCCAAGUUCCUCCAGUCGCAGAGCAAGGUCAUCGUGCCCGUCUGGAUCUGCGUCGGCAGCCUCUGCUUCCACGUCGCGCUCUCCUACCUCCUCGUCACCGUCCUCGGAUGGGGCUCCCCCGGCGCCGCCGUUGCCUACAACCUCUCCCUCUGGGCCAUCGCGCUCGGCCAGUCCGCCUACAUCAUCGGCUGGUGCAAGGACGGCUGGAGGGGCUGGUCCAUGGCCGCCUUCAACGACAUGUGGGCGUUCGUCAGGCUCUCGCUCGAGUCCGCCGUCAUGAUCUGCCUUGAGAUCUGGUACCUCAGCACCAUCACCGUCCUCACCGGCAACCUCCAGGAUGCGCAGAUUGCCGUCGACUCCCUCGGCGUCUGCAUGAACAUAAACGGGUGGGAGAAUAUGAUCUUCAUUGGCAUCAACGCUGCUAUCAGCGUUCGAGUCUCCAAUGAGCUGGGCGCUGGCCGUCCAAGGGUAGCCAUGCACGCCGUCAUCGUCAUCAUCGCCGAGUCGCUGCUCAUCGGGCUGCUAUGCAUGGCCCUCGUCUUGAUCUUCAGAGAUAACUUCGCCAUCAUCUACACCACCGAUUUGGAGCUCCAGCACGCCGUCUCCAAGAUCGCGGGACUCCUUGGCUUGACCAUGGUGCUCAACAGCGUGCAGCCUGUGGUUUCAGGGGUUGCUGUUGGAGGAGGAUGGCAAGGCCUUGUCGCAUACAUCAACCUAGGCUGCUACUACGUUCUCGGAUUGCCCUUGGGCUAUCUUCUAGGCUACAAGUUCAACUAUGGAGUGGGGGGGAUUUGGGCUGGUAUGCUUUGCGGGAUUGCACUUCAGACACUGAUUUUACUCUUCAUAGUGUGGAGAACAGAUUGGAAUGCAGAGGCUGCGCUAGCUUCAAGCCGUGUGCAAAAGUGGGGUGGCACCGAUGGAACCAAACCUCUCCUCGAAGAUGACUAGAUCACCUAAGCAUUAUCUCUUCUUAAGCUUGUCUUGGUAUUGAUGAUAUCAUAUAUCAUUGUAUAAUAGGGUAUGAAACCAGGAACGCUCAAGAUUAGGGGCCGUGAUUUCUUAUAUCAAGUAUCUGGCAUCUGGCUUUGCUCGCCGCUCCUUCCUUCAUAUCAAGCGUGGUUUGAAUAUGUUGGCACAUAAGUCAGUUCGUCGUUGUGAGCAUAUUGUAAAUUGUUUUUACUGCGGUGUGAUUCCGGAAUGUAUUCGGGGUGAAGUAUGUACUGAUGUUCAUUAAUCAAUAAAGUCCCAACUUUAUUUAUAAAAAAAAAGGAAAG